GCGAGCAUUCGCUCAUUUCCGUCUUGGUGAAUAUAAAAAGGCAAUGGAAACGUAUGAUAAAAUUAAACGUAGUAGUAGUAGUAGUAAGAAUUAAUAGAUUCACAACAAAUUGCCAAUAUUGAAUUAUUAUCAUGUUGUUGUAAAUUCUAUAUGGGUGAAUUUAUUGAUCAGAAAUUCAUUGAAACUUAUGAUGGCCCAAAUAAAUUAUUGGCCGAAAGGCUGAAAAUUUAUCUGGAUCUAAAAAAUGAUGAACCAACCAUCGAAUCUAUGGAUCGUAUACAGAAGAUUUUGUCGAAAACUGAUCGAAGAUCAACUAUGUCUGGCAUCGGUACAUUUUUAUCGGAAUCAAUAUCAAGAAGCAAUCGAUAUUUAUAAAAAAAUUCUUCUUGAAGAGAAAAAUUAUAUUGCUCUAAAUGUUUAUAUUGCUCUUUGUUAUUAUCUACUCGAUUAUUAUGAUGUUAGUCAAGAGGUAUUAACAUUAUAUUUGCAAAAACAUCCGAAAAGUAUUAUUGCUAGCAAUUUGAAAGCUUGUAACAAUUAUAGAUUGUACAAUGGAACAACGGCCGAAAUUGAGCUACGAAAUCUGAUUGAAUCAUUUCCUACGAAUUUUUCCUAUGCAAAAGAUUUCAUUCGACAUAAUCUGGUAGUAUUUCUCAAUGGCGAAGGUGCUUAUCAAGUGUUGCCAUCGUUGAUGACCACUAUUCCUGAGGCAAAAUUAAAUCUGACAAUAUUUUAUCUCAAAAAUGAUAAAAAUGAUGAAGCCGAUAAUUUGAUCAAAAAUGUUGAACCUAAAAUACCAAUUGAAUACAUUCUAAAAGCAAUAAUCAAUUCCAAUAUUGGACAAAGUCAAAAUUCACAUGAACAUCUUAAGAUUGCGCAGAAUUAUUUUCAAUUAGUUGGCAGUAGUCCGGCUGAAUGUGAUACUAUUCAAGGUAGACAAUGUAUGGCAUCAUAUUUCUUUUUGAUACGACAAUUCGAAGAAGUUGUUUUGUAUCUUAGUUCGAUUAAAAGUUAUUUCUACAAUGAUGAUGCAUUCAAUUUUAAUUAUGGCCAAGCUAAAAUGAUGAUUCAUUGUUUCAAAGAAGCUGAAGAAGCUUUUUUAAUGAUUGAAAAUGAAAAUCUUAAAAAAGAUCUAGUCUACAUUUGUUGCCUGACUCGUUGUUUCAUUAUGAAUGGUAAACCAACAAAAGCAUGGGACAUGUAUUUAAAAUAUCAACAAUCAAAAGAAUCGACAAUUCUUUUACAUCUAAUCGCCAAUGAUUGUUAUAAGAUGGGACAUUUUCUUGUAGCUCUUCGUGCUUUUGAUGUAUUGGAAAAAUUGGACAAAAGUCCUGAAUAUUGGGAAGGAAAACGUGGUGCUGCAGCUGGAGUAUUGCAAAUGAUUGUUAAUAAACAUGAUCCAAUUGAACAUCUUUAUGAAGCCAUAAAAUUAUUACGUACAUCGACUAAUCCACAGGCAAAUCAAAUGAUAACAAUAAUGAAAAAUUAUUCACAUGAAAUGUAAUGUUUGUAAUUGAAUCCAUGAUUCAUAAUAAACGGUUGCCAUUGGUGACCGGAUAGUUAUUUUUCACAAAAAAAAAAAUAAAAACACAAAGCAAACGAAUAAAAUCAGAUCAAAACUUUUU